GGACGGGGGCACCGGGACAAGGAUGGCGGAAACGGCGGGGCUGAGCCCUCGGGCAAAGGCUGCUGCAGAGGCAGUAGCAGCCGCCGCCGCAGCCCCAACAGCAGCGCCUUCCCCGGCAGCGGCGCCCGCCGCCGGAGCUUGCCCCGUCGCUGCUUCUGUCGUCGUUUCGAGGGUCUCGCCGCGGGGGAGGCUGCACCGCCGCAGCCCCAGGGCCGCCAGCUGAACCGCAGCUGCCUGCCUGCCUCGGCUCGGCUCGGCUCGGCUCGCUCGGGACUCGUACUGGAAGGACCAGCGGGCGUUUCGCGCUCCCCUACUCCGCCCCACCGGCGGGUCGCACUGAGGGUAGCGGCGGAGUCUCAGAGGAACCACACUAGCAGCAGCAGGAGGAAGGAGGAGGAGGAAAAAGAGGCGGCGGCGGCGGCGGCGAAGAAAGGACCAUGGGUGCCAAGCAGAGCGGCCCGGCCGCCGCCAAUGGCCGAACGCGGGCUUAUUCUGGCGGGGACUUGCCUUCCAGCAGUAGCGGCGGCGGCGGCACUAACGGGUCCGGCGGGCGGCCCAUCGGUGGAGGAGCGGGAAGGUACACGCACCUGGCUCCGGGAGUGCACCACGCGGCCCCCGGCGGCUCGGCGAGUGGGGGGGCGGCAGCGGCUCCCCCCGUGGCAGCGCCCAGGAGCAGGUCCCUGGGCGGACCGGCCGCCUCCGGGACUCGGGCUGCGCAUUCUGCCUUCAACAUCCCCAACAGCAGCGGCCUCUAUGGCUCCCAGGACUCGGUCAACAGCACCCCCGAGGACAGGGGACGGGCUGCGGCUGGGGGAGGCAGCGGUGGCGGCGGCGCAGGAGGACACUCGGGGGGCAGCGGCGGACCCCGACUCGUAAUCGGCUCGCUGCCCGCCCACCUCUCCCCUCACCUGUUCGGAGGAUUCAAGUGCCCAGUUUGUUCCAAGUUUGUAUCUUCUGAUGAAAUGGAUUUACAUCUUGUGAUGUGCUUGACAAAACCAAGGAUAACCUACAAUGAAGAUGUGCUUAGUAAAGAUGCUGGGGAGUGUGCAAUAUGCCUGGAGGAGCUGCAGCAAGGAGAUACAAUAGCAAGAUUACCUUGUCUAUGUAUAUAUCAUAAAGGAUGCAUAGAUGAAUGGUUUGAAGUAAACAGAUCUUGUCCAGAGCAUCCCUCAGAUUAACAGCCGAUGUUCCUGUGUUAGAAGUCUCUUACACUGAUCAUCAAAUGUAAAGGAUUUGGAGUUCCAUCUUCAGAAGCUAAUUUGAGAGUGGACCUGUUUUCAUUUUGGACUGGGAAAGAUAGAGAGUUGAAACAUGGCAUAGGACAAAUGAUGCUAUGUUGGGUGCUCAGUGUACCAAACACUCACCUAAAGGAGACACAGGGAUUCUGGAAAUGCUGCACAUCCUGGAAAAAUCCUCUUCCCACAGACUUUAUGAAAACGAUUUUGUAUCUACAGGCCAAAGUUAUUAACUUGCAGUUUAAUUUUUUAAAAGCUGUGUACAGAAGCAGGAUGUACUCACGUUCUUCCUUGAAUGGAAGCUGUGCACUCUAGAUCACUCUGGGACAUUAUACAAGGAGGAUGCCAUUCUUGGGUUGGAAUCAUCCACCCCUUCACCCCAUGGGCUGCAAGGGAUACAGGCAAACUAUGAUGUACACAUUGUGAACUGAAUUAUGAAAUUUCCCACUCUAUAUGCUGUUCACAUUUUUUCUGUGAAAGAAUGCAACAUUCCUUGAUUUAGGAAAUUUUUGUAAGUGAAACUUCGUCAGAGUGCAGCCCAAAGAGCAAAAUGUAAUCAAAGCUGAUUGUUAAUUGACAUUGUUGAUCAGGCUAUAGAGUUACUGAAAUCUGCAUACUGUGUUCAUUUCUGUAUGAGUAUACUAAAAUUCACUUUUACUGCUUGUGGGUAUCAGUGCAGCAACAUUCUUUUAAAAAGAGCAUAAUCUAGCAGCUAUGCAAUGUAUUUUUUAAAAAAAUAUAGGGAAACGAGAAUUACCAUCUCUCAAGUGCUGCCAGUUAAGGUAAUUUAACGGGUAUUUUUUUAAAUGUUUCAGGUAGUUAUUUUCUUGAACUACUUCAAUCUCCAGGCUGCCCAACUCUAGCUGAGUAGUCAUAAAGGCAGGCAAAGUGGGAUGUUUCACGGGGACGGGACCUGGACUGACUUUCUGUGUUUUUUUUUUGUUUUUUUAAUUAAAUGUUGUCUCAGUGGCAGGUCAGAGCAGAUCUUAGUAAUUUGCAUCUAAUGCCAUUGGUCAGACUUUGGAUGGUGGCCAUACUUCUGUGCCCAGGUGGUCAUACUUCAUCUCAUGGAUUUAAAUGGGCUUAAGCAUACAUAACUGUGGGCAUAGGGUUGAAGGAAUUACCUAUGUUUUUGAGCCAAUAAUACUUUUACUGCACAACGGUGGCUUACCAUAAAUUGUAAAAUGAGGUGUCUUGAGCAGGCUAUGGAAGAGGCUAGCUAAGUAAAACGGUGAGAUGUUAAUAAUAUAUUUGUUUCCACACAAAAAGGGGGACCUGUUAUGGAAACUAUUCAAAAUAUCUUGUGAAGUUUGUAAUUAAAUGAAAUACUGCUGAAUAAAGGUGAUGGAAACUUUUAACAUGCCAAAAUAGCAAAAUUAACUUGUGUAUCAUAUUAUUUCAUUAUUAAUUCUGCUUCCCUUGAGACCAUUUUUUAAAAGGAAAGCCUUUAUUUAUGUUGAUUUGCAAAAAUGCAAGUGCAGAAACUGCUGAUGUUACUUUGCAGAUAAAUGCAUACUUGAGAGCUUGCUAUCCAUCUCUUAAAAACCACAACCCCAAGUAUACAAUCCACUAAUGUCUUGUUUUGUAUAGAUAAAACUCAGUGCUGUAGCCAGCAGUCACUACUGACUUCAGGAAAAGGAAGAACAGAUACUUGCUGUAUUAUUCUGAUCAUAUUCAAAAUACUGUAGUGGACAGAACUAGAUGCUUCCAGUGUGUGAAGGGUAGAGAUUUUCAGAGAAGGAACUGUGGACAGAAGAUGCUUCUCAGAGUGAGGAGAGGUCUUUUUUCCCCAUGACUUCAAAAUUUCUAAAAAUGUUACUUAUAUACUCACCCUUUAAAACUUUUGUUGUGGUGGUGGUUUUGCAGAAACUUCUCUCAGCAACAGGUUCAAAGAAAAUGAAGCAGGAAAGUUUGCAAGAGAAAUUUUGCAUUUGGUCAGUUCCACCCACCAACCCUGUUCAUCUGUGUCAAUCUCACAAAUAGCUCUAGCAUCCUAUUUUGCUCAUUAGAAGAUCCUCUGCCAUUAGACGCACCCCCGAAACUUCCAGUCAUUUGAGAAGAAGCAAUUUAGUAGUUUCUGAUAUGAUGUGUAAUGUUAUGUAGGAGAAAGACUGAAGCAUGGGUGAGUUUUUAUUAGUAUGUAGGUAGCUGCAGGAGCAGAUCACCCUCUUUCAAGUUCUCUUUAUCUACAGUCAGUAAAGUCUUGUGUCAAUACUGGCUUUAAAUUCUGUGGCUGUGGCCAGGAACAGCACUGCAUCAUACUGUUCUGGGAAAUCCACUUCCAUGAACGUAAAUCAGAACCGCAGCUUCAGUGGCUGGGAUUUAAUGAUGUUUCAAGGAGCAACAGUCUAAGGACAAUCUAAACCAGCGGGGAGCGGCACUUUUUGCUUUGAGGGCUGCACAAGCUCCCUUGAAACAUGUCGGGGGCCACUUACCUGCAGCAGGUGCGGUCACAACUCCAAAUGGAGAGGACCAGUUCUACCCUCUCUCUCAUUCCCACCCUUCAUACACCCAAACACACACACUCCAUUCAUACAAGCUUCCCUCCAUUCCUAUACCUGCCUUCCUGUGUAUGGAAAAAGGGAUAGCCCCUCUCUCCAUGCACAGAGGGGUUUUUAAGUGUUUCAUGGAAGAAGCUGGGUUUCAUCUUCCAUAUCGAGAACUCUAAACAGAGCAAUCUGGAUAUGAAGAAAGUGACCUGAUCCCAUACUCCACCUGCAGGUUGGAGAGGAAAGGCCUUGGAAGGCCAGAUGGGAAGGGUUUGUCCAUAAAUGGACUUGCAACCUACACUAAACGGCUUCCAAGUUUUCCAAAGUCCUAUUCAUACGUUUGGCAAAAAUGACUCAAAGUGUCAUACAUAUAUCAUACAAGCUCUCUUCAGAGAAAGUGUGUGUAGAUGUGUUAUUAGAUGUAUCAGAACUAGAAUUGCAGCUGGAGAUCUGUACGCACAGUGGCAAUUGUGAGGUUGGAUGCCAUCUAACUUAUAAAUGGCUCUGAAAUCUCAUUUACAGUAGAGAUACAGUAGAGAUUACAGAGGGAUCUUUCAGACAGGUCUUUUUACUUGUGAACAUUACUUCAAAGUCCUCCAAGGGAAAUACUCUCUUUUGCUCUUUUGAGAUUUUAAAAAUUUAAUUCAGUUCAAUCUCCUAGCAAAAACGAAUUCAGUAAGAAUGUUUACAUUGCUUGUUUAUGCUAAUACACUUUUUAAAAUCCAGAAGCCUAUUUCCGUUCUUGUCUUUCCCCCACCCCCAAGCCAUGUAAUGUGCUUCCUUAGCUGUUUUUCAGCCAGACCAGGAUUUUCCUGACAUGAUGUUGCAUUUUGCUUUGUGAUGCGGACAUGCUGGUACAGAAAGUUCCACUUCACCGUUGCCAAUGUUUUAAUCUCAGUGCUGAUCUUCUUGAUAGCAUAUCUUGCUAUUUAUACUUGUUUGUCUCAGACUUUAAGCUUCAAAUCUCUCUCCUCUUUACUUCCUCUUCCUAAGCCAGCAUGCUGUACUGUCUGAGCUUUCUUCUACUCUGCCUCUUUUAGUAGAACAACUCUGUUAAAGACCUCAAUUAGCUCUUCAUUGCAUAGGCCUUUCCAGAGGAGGAGCUUUUUCUAUCAGUUUGGUGGCAACCACAUCCUUAUUUCCAGUAGAGGUGGCUUUCCUCAGAUGAAACUGACUUUCUGAGGCAGCCCUGAGGCAGUUCAGCAACACACAGAAGCACCAAGCUGAAGCCAGAUUCUUUACCCUAUCAACAUUGUAUUCUGUGGGAUAUACAGCCAUUCAUUGUUCUAAAGUAGCUCAGUGAUGAAGCCAAAUAGUGAUUGCAGUCCUGAAAUGGGACAGUAAUAGAUAAUUCUGAAGAUGCUGGAAAGUUUUUUCUACCAAGAACCUUGGGAGUGCAGGGUUGGACUCCUUUUAAAGGCUGAGAGCCACAUUCCCCUAUGGGAAAGAUACAAUCAGUGAGACCAUAUGCAGAAGCCACUGGGCUCACCUCUUUUCCUACCAUACAUUCUAUCUUGCUGUCUCACCCUUCCUUUUCCCUGUCCGCCCCUUAAGUAUCCAUCUAUUCACGGCAUUUUGAUUCUGGAAUACCCUUUGAUUUAAAUAUGACACCCUCCCCCUUCUAAUGAGUGCUGGUUUUUCUUUCUUAAAUUACGGUUUAGUAUAUAUCAGAGUAUCAGGGCCAGGAGCAAGUUUGUCCCUUUUAGGUUUCUCCAGAUGGCCUCACCCCUUUCUGCUGACCAUUGAUAAUUUCCUGACUUUUCCCCCUCCACACCCUUUAAAAGGUUGACAUGCCUCUUUUAAGGCUUCAGUACUGGCAAUAAAAGCUUUUGGCUAAAAUACACCGGCAUUUUUAGUACUGGCUCCACCCCCUUUGCCUUUAGCCCUGCCAACACUGGAGUACAGUUCCUGAGAGCUUCUCCAAAAUGGAAUUCAGACUCAAGCUGAAAGAGUUUCUGUAUACCUGGUGUAUGUGCUUCAGUAUCUUAAAAGGCAAUUAUAUUGACUCUUAUAUGGUCAAAAGGCACCAAUCGCUAAUUGAUGCCUCUAAAUCCAUUUGCAAAUGCGUAGGUGAUUCCUUUUUACAUGCUUAAAACUCUCUUCACUUACCAAAACAUUUUCCUAUCUCUUAAGAGGCAAGGAAUUGUUCAUGUAAGCUGGCAAAGUGGUUCGUAGACAAAUGUUAUGGCUUGCAGUGUGCAAACUUUAAACCCAGAGGAUUCCAUUCCAUUGACAUCUCUGCCAAGGAGCCACUGUGCACUGCCUGGGAAUUCUGCUCUCAUUCACAUGGACUGUUGACUGGUGCUGGUGGGCCUUACCAUGCUUUUGAUGCAUUGAAGUUGUGCUACAUUCACAGAACUUCAAAUUCGGCACUUCCUUACAGUGAUGUUUUGCCAGGUAGAGUUCAGGAAGGAAGCUGUCUUAACAGUAAACCUGCCUGUUCUUACUGUUUUCCUUUCUCACUGAGAGAUUCCUGAAAGACUUUCAAAGAUUUUCUGAAACGUGCCAUUUACAUGUGUAACAGCAAGCCUCUUUAAUUUGUAGGUUGUUAGCAUGUUGUCCAAAACUGGGCACAUGGGUUAUUCAUAGGUUAAACAGUCUAAAGUUAACCUAAGCACCAUGCCCCAUGCAUACCUGCAAAUUGUUGGUUAAUUAACCAUGAUCUGCCACCAAAUGCCACUGUUAAUGUAUGAACCAAGUCAUAGUGUAGAAACCUCUAGCCUAUGUUUGUGCUCAUCAAAAUAGGCUGAAAUGUUUAUCUUGUGUUAGCAAUAUGAUUUCCAUCCCUGGUGGCCUUGAGAAGACACCUGACUCAUCUGAGGGAAAGGGGAGCUAAGAUGUUAAGAGGAUACAUUGGAAUGACACCAAGUUGCCAACCCUUGCCUUUUUAACAAGCAACCAUUCAGGAUUAACUAAUAACCAAGACCCUCAAGCCCUCCUUUGAUGGAGAAAAGUGCCCAUUGUAAAUCAAACUAAUCAUUUCCACACCAUAUAAGAUGAAACUAUUGAGCAUGAAACUGCUUAGCAAGGAAUGCUGUAAUGUUUGGUAGUGGCCAUGUACAAGAAGUCUUCCUCCGGUACCCUGCUGUUCAACAAGAAUGUAAUUAGUGAUGUUUAAUGUAAAAAGUUUGUAUUUUUAAAAAAUUGAGUUGUGUUGAGAAAAUUACUUGAGGAUUUUUUUAAGGUACAUCUUGUACUUGGUCUGCCUGUAAACAAUCAUAUGAUUUUUUCCUCCUUUUUAACUGAUUUAGGUUGUAUGUUUUAACAUUCCAUUUGUGUAAAAUAUGUACAAUGACAUGUUAAUAAACCUUUUGAAGCACACUUUC